GAAAAGAUACAUUCAUCAAGGUACAACAUUUACAACACAAUUGAUGAUCAAUAUAUCAAUAUAAAUCAUAAGGAUUGCCAGCAACAAGUUAUAGUCAUACAGUCAUAAGUGGAAAGAGAUUGGUGAUGGGAACUAUGAAAUGAUUAAUAGUAGUGCAGAUUCAGUAAAUAGUCUGACAGUGUUGAGGGAAUUAUUUGUUUAGCAGAGUGAUGGCCUUCAGGAAAAAACUGUUCUUGUGUCUAGUUGUUCUGGUGUGCAGUGCUCUAUAGCGUCGUUUUGAGGGUAGGAGUUGAAACAGUUUAUGUCCAGGAUGCGAGGGAUCUGCAAAUAUUUUCACGGCCCUCUUCUUGAUUCGUGCAGUAUACAGGUCCUCAAUGGAAGGCAGGUUGGUAGCAAUUAUUUUUUCUGCAGUUCUAAUUAUCCUCUGAAGUCUGUGUUUUUCUUGUUGGGUUGCAGAACCGAACCAGACAGUUAUAGAGGUGCAAAUGACAGACUCAAUAAUUCCUCUGUAGAAUUGUAUCAGCAGCUCCUUGGGCAGUUUGAGCUAAUUAGUUGGCUCACAGUAAACGUUUAGAGUUUGCUUUGCAUUUUUUUGUUUGUUUACAUUUAUACCCCGCCCUUCUCCGAAGACUCAGGGCGGCUUACAGUGUAUAGGGCAAUAGUCUCAUUCUAUUUGAUCAUGCUGAUAUGAUGAUUCCAAUAAAAAAGUUCUUUGAGGAAAUCUCUACCCUCAGAGUUCUGAUUUGCUUGGGUUCAUUAGUCAGAACAUUGACAAUCUAGCUGAGUAAUAAAACUUCUGCAAGAAAACAAUCAAGCUCAAAGGGCACUAAAGACCCCACAAACCUGAUGCCUCAAGUGGCAAAUUGUCUUGGGCAGCCCCAUAUUUGCAAAUAUAGAAAUUAACGCUGCUUGCUGUUGGUUUUUUGGCCAGAUUUUUUCUUCUUUUUGUGCACAGAUGAGUACAGAUGCUCCCAUCAGCCAUCAAUAAAUAAAUAAAACAAAAUCAAUGGUCAUUAAACAUUAAACAAACAUUUGCAACUGGCAUAAUUGAGAGAUGCCUUAUGAGGUUAUUUUACAUCCUGAGAAUGUUGCAAGAAAAGCAUGUGUUUCUCCAGACUGCAAUCAAUUUGUACCUUUUUUUUUUCACGGCCUGAAAAUUGUGCUAGUGGUGUGCCUAUUCAUCUGGAAAUAUUAUUUAGUCUUGGAAAGCAGAGUAUCAUCUGAGCAAGAUGGCCAGGAUGACAUUUAAGAAACAGAAAUUCUAGGUGACAGCGAUUUGGUGUCCCAAAAUCUAAUAAAUUCAUCUUUCUUUGUCCAGAAGAGACUUGGAAGCAGACUGUGAAGCUAAAUACAUUCCAGGUCAGACAUGGGUGUCACUUCAAUAUUUAAAACUGGGGAGAAAUUUGAACCUUUCAAUGAAACAUUAGUCAUGUAAUAGAUCCUGGAUUGUCCUCUUAGCAACAAGCAUCCUCUUCCUGCAGAAUUACAAGGGUUCUGUUGGCUGUUGGCUGGAUUAUUGCAGAUAAAAAUAAUAUUUCAGAGGUGCUUUAAAGAAAAAAGAAAAAGAGUAUGAUUUAACCCAUGGAUUGCAGAGAGACUUUGUUGGUAGGUCUUACCAUAUGAUUCCCAAAACUGUUAGGAAUGUCCAGCUGCUUCCAAAAGACUUUAUUUGCUCUCAGUGCUGUGUUGAGCUUUGCCUCUUUCAUCCUGAUUCUCGUGGCCAUGGGCAGUCAGAAAUGGAUGAUGGGAAAAAUACUUUGCAAAACUGGCGCUGAGCUGGUCAAUGCCACAGACCCUGAGUUAGUCAAAUUUAUGGGGGAAAUUUACUACGGGCUCUUUGGGGGCCACAAAAUGCGACAGUGUGGACUUGGGGGUCGUCCUUCCAGAUUCAGAAUGUUUCCACACCUGGUGAAAAAGGUGAACGCGAUGCUCCAUGUGACAGUUAUCCUCUCCUUGUCGGUGGCAUUUUCCUUUGCUCUGGUCAGCUGUGGAUUCUCCUUCUUGAACCUCCUAAAAGUCCCUUUUCGGGCCAUUCAAGGACCAGCAGGAGUAGCUUUGUGGAACUUGGUGGCAGGUGGAUGUAUCACGUUGGCUGUGACCACUUUUGUGGCAGCUGUCAAACUGCAUCGGCUUACAGAAAGAAUCACCAAUUUUCGGGAAAACGGCUUCCAGUUUCUCAUCCUGGAAGAAGAGUACAUGCCUUCUUUUUGGCUUUGUGUAGCAAGUGCAACAAUCCAUGGGCUGAAUUUGGUUAUCGUUGCCCUCAGCACAAUUCGCUUCCCAACUCUGAAAACAAAGACAGAAGAAGCAAAUGUUACAGCAGAAGAUAUUAUGUACUAA